UGUGUUACUUAAUGUUACGAAACAGUCUGACGUUUUGUACUGGAAGAUUUAUUUAUGCAAGUAAUGUUCUGUUUUUACUGUAUUUAUUUGCUUCAGAUACAGACAUGGGAUUGUUUUCUGUGCAAGCGGCCCUGUUCGUAGCAAUUAUUAUUGUUGCACAUAUAUCAGCAAAGACCACCCAGUUUCCAAAAUACCAGUACACGAAGAAGCCCUUUCAAGAGGUCCAUCAGACCACAACUACCUUCUCCAGUGCAAUGACGGAGGAGACAACAGACGGCACUGAAACCUCUUCAUCGGCUGUCACUGACAGCACCACAUUCCCCGACACCGUGCAACAUGCCUUCAGGACCAUAACGACACCAGCCCCCAGUGGGGAACAUGAAAACUUCACCCUCGAUUAUAAUGAAUGCUUCUUCAAUUUCUGCGAGUGCUGCCCCCCAGAACAAGGGCCAAAAGGACAGAAAGGUGACAGAGGGCUUCCAGGUCCCAGAGGAGAAAGAGGGGAGCAGGGACUAAGAGGAUUGCUAGGGGCAGCAGGACCUGCUGGGUUAAAUGGGCUACAGGGAGAGAAAGGAGACAAAGGUGACCAAGGGGAAAACGGAAUGAAUGGAAUCCCAGGCAUUCCAGGAAAGCAAGGCGCUAAAGGUGAUUCUGGAUCAAAAGGAGAGAAGGGAAAUCUUGGUUUUGCUGGGCCUCCAGGUGACAGAGGAGAAAAAGGGGAUCCUUGUGAGAAUGGCACGAAAGGAGAGAGAGGUGAAGUGGGGCCUCCGGGUGUGCAGGGGUUAAGUGGAGAGAAGGGGGAUACAGGAGGGAAAGGGGAAAUGGGGGAUAAAGGGGAACCUGGGGCAGUAGGGGAAAAAGGGGGCAAAGGAGAGAAGGGAGAAGAGGCUGUGAAAGGUGAAAAGGGAGAUAAUGGGGAACCUGGCAUCAGUGGUGCCAAUGGUGCCAAUGGGUUGGAAGGAGCAAAAGGAGACCCUGGACCAAGUGGAGAUAAAGGCAACCCUGGCACAGCAGGCUUACCUGGACCAGCAGGGUUAAGGGGCAACAAUGGACCAAAAGGUGACAGGGGACAUCCAGGGAUGAAAGGGGACCGUGGGCCAAGAGGAUUUAAAGGAGCCAGGGGUAACAGCCUGGUACUCAAACGAUCUAGCUUCAGCGUUGGCCUGUCACCCAGUAAAUCGUUCCCUCCAUCUGGUUUCCCUGUCAAAUUUGAUAAGAUCUUCUACAAUGGGGAAAACCAUUAUGACGCAAGCAUCGGUAAAUUCAACUGCAGCAUCGCGGGAGUGUAUGUAUUCACCUACCACGUGACUGUAAGAAACAGGCCCCUUCGGCUGGUGCUGGUCGUCGAUGGCUCCAGAAAGCUCAGAAGCAGGGAUUCUUUGUAUGGACAGGAUAUUGACCAAGCCUCUAACUUUAUCCUCUUGAAGUUAAAUCAGGGUGACCAAGUGUGGCUGGAAACCCUGCGAGACUGGAAUGGGGUGUAUGCUAGCAGUGACGAUGACAGCACCUUUUCAGGAUUUUUAUUGUAUUCAGAUGAGGUUUGAUUUAUGCCAUUUCCAGCUCUCUUUGACUUCUGUAAUUGAAAAGUAUUGAAAAAGGGAUAGCAUAUGAUUUAAAGAUAUGUGUAAUUACUUAAUACAGCAUCAGUAAAACACAGUUAACACAUUUCUUUCUUGAGAUUAAAACAAACUGAUUGAGGGGGUUAAGAAGGAAGUAUUAUAUUUAAAUGAA